GCCUCGGGCACUGACCGCUACUGCUUGGAGCUGCUGCGGAAACGAGAUUAUGAAGGCUAUUUAUGCUCCCUGCUACUCCCUGCAGAAUCCAGAAGCUCUGCUUUUGCACUGAGAGCUUUCAAUGUGGAACUGGCUCAGGCUGGUUAAGGACUCCGUCUCUGAGAAAACAAUUGGACUGAUGAGAAUGCAGUUCUGGAAAAAAACUGUGGAUGAUGUAUACUGUGACAGUCCACCACAUCAGCCUGUGGCCAUUGAACUAUGGAAGGCUGUCAAAAGACAUAAUCUGACUAAAAGAUGGCUUAUGAAAAUCAUUGAUGAAAGAGAAAAAAAUUUGGAUGACAAAGCAUAUCGUAACAUCCAGGAACUGGAAAAUUAUGCUGAAAACACACAGAGCUGUCUUCUUUAUCUAACACUAGAAAUAUUGGGUAUAAAGGAUCUUCAUGCAGAUCAUGCCGCAAGUCACAUUGGAAAAGCACAAGGCAUUGUAACUUGCUUGAGAGCAACGCCGUAUCAUGGUAGUAGAAGAAGAGUAUUCCUUCCCAUGGAUAUUUGUAUGCUGCAUGGUGUUUCACAAGAGGAUUUUCUACGGAAGAGCCAAGAUAAAAAUGUGAGAGAUGUGGUAUAUGACAUGGCCAGCCAGGCACACUUGCACCUAAAGCAUGCUAGGUCCUUCCACAAAAGUGUUCCUGUGAAAGCAUUUCCUGCUUUCCUUCAGACAGUUGCUCUGGAGGACUAUUUAAAGAAAAUUCAACAAGUGGAUUUUGAUAUAUUCCACCCAUCUUUACAGCAGAAGAAUACUUUACUUCCAUUAUCUUUGUAUAUUCAGUCAUGGAGAAAAAGAUAUUAAAAUAAUUU